AGGAUAAGGGAUAUGCUCAUGCUUGUGUUCUGUGCAUACAUUUAGGUUAGGCUAGUUUGAAUCAGGCUCUUUUCCUGAGUCGGCAACUCUUCUUUGCAUUUUUCCUAAUCCUCUUCCAAGAAGUUAUUUGAGUGUUCAAGCCAAAUGGGUUCGACGUGUUCUCCAGUACCAAAGCCUUUCCACACGGUGAUUAUCGGCAGGCCAAGGACUCGGAAAUAUGGCGUUUUGGUAAGAGCCCAAGUGACGGUCGCUCCUAAGAGUUCCGGCCUUCACACUCUUCCUGAGCUGCCAAAGCAAGUGAUUUCUCUCAAUGAUCUGCAGUUGGUUGAGAUUGUCGAAAAGCAGUCUCAGACUGGCAGCCUUUUCCCAGAUGGUGAGCACCGGAAGCCGCAGUUUCAUCCAGCUUUUCUUGAUGAGGCCUACGAAAGGUGUCGGAAGCUAUGCGCUGAAUACGCUAAAACAUUUUAUCUAGGAACUCUAUUGAUGACAGAGGAAAGGCAGAAGGCCAUAUGGGCAAUAUACGUAUGGUGCAGAAGAACGGACGAAUUGGUCGAUGGUCCCAACGCCACCUACAUGAGCUCCGCCGUUCUCGAUCAGUGGGAAGAGCGUCUUCAGGACGUAUUUGACGGACGCCCUUAUGAUAUGCUCGACACCGCGCUUACAGACACCGUGUUCAAAUUCCCUAUAGACAUUAAGCCCUUCAGGGACAUGAUUGAGGGGAUGAGAAUGGACACUAGAAAAUGCCGCUACGAGAACUUUCGGGAGCUUUAUCUCUACUGCUACUACGUCGCUGGAACGGUUGGCCUAAUGAGUGUUCCGGUGAUGGGAAUCGCACCAGAUUCUUCCAGUUCCACUCAGAGCAUAUACAAUGCGGCUCUAUAUUUGGGUAUCGGAAAUCAACUAACCAACAUUCUCCGGGACGUCGGGGAGGAUGCCCUGAGGGGCAGGGUUUACCUUCCUCAGGAUGAGCUUGCGCAGUUUGGGUUAAGCGACAAGGAUGUUUUCUCAAGAAAGGUGACUGAUAGCUGGAGGGAGUUCAUGAAACAGCAGAUCACCAGGGCAAGAUUUUAUUUCAACAUGGCCGAGGAAGGAGCUUCUAAUCUCAACAAGGCCAGCCGGUGGCCGGUGUGGUCAUCGUUAAUGAUAUACCGCCAGAUCCUGGACGAGAUUGAGGAGAAUGACUACGACAACUUGACGAAGAGAGCUUAUGUCGGGAGGACUAAGAAGCUUCUUACUUUGCCUCUGGCAUACAGUAGAGCGUUCUCAGGGCCUACCUAGCGUGCACAUACUUGUCUACGCAAAAUCCGGGGUGGCUUUCUUUCCGAAUCGCAGGAAUGUUGAUAGAUCAAGAUGAUCCCCUUCAGAAAUCUCACGGGAGGCUUUUGUGUAUGAUUGUCGAUUUCAAUUCCAGAUGACAUACAGAAGAGAGCUCUCCAAAGACUUGCAUAAAUUCUUGUAAUUACAGUGUGUGAGAGAGCUUAUCCACAUGAAAU